CAUACAGCAGGAUUAAGCCCAAUAAAUAAUAUUUCUGCAGAAACCUGAUAGAAUCCAGGUAGGAAGAGGCACACAGGGUGCUUUUAUUCGGAAUACCCGCCUACACUUAGAUUGGACCAAUAAGAGGAUCCUCCGACAUUUAACGGAGGCUUUUAUUGUGUUGGCACGCAGCCGAAGUGAGUCCGUGUGGGAAGAAGCCGGGUUUAAUUUUAACUAUUUGUAUACUUUGUAUGUGUUUUAUCAAUUUAAAUAUGGACCCACCCAGCCUUCAUAGGUUAUUUUCUGCUUGUGAUGUGAACAAAUCCGGUAAGAUAGAGUACGAGGACUUCACGGUUGUCUGCCGGGAGCUGAACGUGUCCCAAACUGAGAUCCAAACUUUGUUCGACAAGUUCGGUGGGGACCAGGACGGAUACAUCGACUACAGCAUGUUUUCCUCCAGGUUUCAAGAGGUUUCUGAGACUCUGGAUCUGGCGUCUUUUGGCGCUGGGUCGUUCCAAAACCAAGCGUGUCCGAGGGAAGAGUUUGUCGGCAGUGUUGAUGCGGAGUCUCUUCUCCCCGAAAGUCUCAGGGAGCAGCUGGCGGAUCUUUACCAGACCAUUCACUCCUCUGCAAACAAAACGCUUCUGCAGCAGUAUGAGGAAGUAAUUCAAUCCCUGAUCAGUCUAAACCUGGAGAACAGACUGGAGUGUGAACAACUGGAGACCAGUAUGAAGCGAACUGAAGAGAUGAACAACAGUCAGCUGACAGAACUGGAGGAAGAUAUUCAGCAGCAGCUUGCCAGAACAGAGGAGAGAGUACGAGACAAUGAGCAUAAGAAAAUGGAAGAAGUAAUGGUGAAUUUGCAGAGGAAGCACAAGAACGAGGUCACAGACCUUCAUGCAACAGUGGCCAGACUGUUAAAGAGCCUAGAGGACUCUGAUUCCAACGGUUCAAAGGAGGAGGUGGUCAGGCUGAACAGACGGGUCACUCAUCUCUCACAGGAAAACGAGGAUCUGCGGGCCUCUCUCCUCCAAGCCCAGACAAACAUCGCUGUCCUGCACUCAGAGAUGGACAAACUGAAGAACAUGUACGCAGACCAGAAAGCUCAACAUGGGAGAGAAACGGAUGAAUUGAAGAGGAUGGUUAUAGAAUACCAGUCAUAUGCCAAUCAGAUUCAGAUUCUCCAGGCAACAAACAAAAAACUGUAUGACAGCAACGACGGGCUGCGCUCUGCGUUGGCCAGUGAGGCGGUUGCAGCUAAAAGGAGGCUGUCUCCCCAAAAUGAAAUCCCAGCCCGAAGGAUGAAGCCCCUCCGACAGAGCACACUCAACCAUAGCAGCUCGGAGCCGGAUCCCAGCAAAACGGCUUUCUCUCAUGUGUCCACCUGGGCGGAUAAGUACCUGGACAGUGGAGUGUCGCUGCCCAUGGACACGGCUGAGGGCUUGGGCAGCGAUUACGACAGCGACGACAGUAGGGUCUCCGUGGAGACUGUGCACCACAGUUACUCCUAUGUCCCGUCUGAUAUGGAGAUUUCAGAAAUGCAAUCUGAAGCCACAGUUUCAGUAGCUCCCAGCAAAGCAAACUCUAUCACAUCGUCACUACGAAGACGUUUGUCUGCAUUUUCUACAAAGCAUAUAGGAGCGGACAUAGAAGAAGAAGGUGUGGGCGCGGCUCCGAUGUACCGUCUGGUGUUAGCCGGAGACGCAGGAGCGGGGAAGUCCAGCUUCCUGCUGCGACUGACUCUCAACGAGUUCAGGGGAGACAUGCAGACAACGCUGGGAGUUGAUUUUCAAAUUAAGAGGAUGCUUGUAGAUGGAGAGAGGACGAGUCUGCAGAUCUGGGACACAGCAGGGCAGGAGAGGUUUCGUAGUAUUGCCAGGUCUUAUUUCCGUAAAGCUCAUGGAGUCCUGCUCCUCUACGACGUCACCUCAGAAAGCAGCUUCCUGAACGUCAGAGAGUGGGUGGAUCAGAUUCAGGAUUCAACAGAGGAGAAAAUCCCCAUGUGUGUUAUUGGAAACAAGGUGGACCUCAGAGAGCAGCUUCCAGAGGGGAGCUGUGUGAGCAGUAUUCACGGAGAGAAGCUAGCCAAGGCAUACGGCGCCCUGUUCUGCGAGACGAGUGCCAAAGAGGGAACCAACGUCGUGGAGACAGUGCUUCAUCUCGCCAGAGAGGUGAAGAAAAAUGUCACACUGAGGCGGCAGUCAGAUUCUCAGGUCAGACUGAGUCCAUCCGGCCAGAAGAAAUCGCUCAACGCCUGCUGUGGACUGUAGACUUAUCUGUAGAUAUGAUAAAGUGAUUUCUAUUUUAUGAUGAAGAACAUAGUUUUCCUACAUAUUUUAACCUUUAAAAUAUGUAGGAAAACAAGCCUUAAAUAUAAUAUUUUCAUAAAUAUUCAUUAUCUGAUCAAAAUAAAGAUUUCUAUUGUUGGAAAAUUGCACAUGUAAAAAUAAAAAUGAUAA